GAUCUGGCAACACUGUUAAACGCAACGUCGCGUCGAGGAGCGCGCGUGUGAGGGUUGUGUAGUGAGCAUAUUCUUUAAUUUUUCGUAAUUAAUUUGUCAAUGUCAUUAGUUCUUUAGCGUUUUUUAAGUUAUUAUGUGAUUCAUAGUGCAAAUUGUGGUUUAAUUUUAUUUUUUUGUAUUUAUUUCGAGAGAAAGGUGCAAGUAAAAGUAUUACCUUGGCUUGGAGUUUUAUUAACACUACUUUCGAAUGGAGCACAUAUUAGACCCCGAAGUGUUUCCUAUGGAAAAUGUGGUCAGACGCACAGUUUUUCCAAAAAAUAAGUUAGCCAACAUCGUCAAAGGCAAGGAUAAUGUGACCCAUUACUGUUGUGUCGAAUGUCCGUUGAGAUGUGCCGAUAAAGAGGAACUGGAAAAUCACUUAUUGGUCCACCAUAAGGACUAUAGGUACUUGUGCGGAAUUUGUGGCGCUGGCUUGAAACGCAAGGAGCACCUAGACAGGCACACGGCUGAACAUCAAGAAAUGAGGCCGCAUGUGUGCUUCGAGUGUGGCAAGGGCUUCAAGAGGAAGGAGCAUUUGAACAUACAUUUCACCAUACACACCGGCUACAAGACGCAGGAGUGCGUUAUAUGCAAGAAAUCCUUCUAUCGCAAAGAUCACCUUCAAAAGCACAUGCAGACGCACAACAAGUUGUUUAUGGAGCAGAACAUUAUCCCGGUGAGCGAUCAGGAGCUGGAAAUCAAGCAGGAACUCGUCGAUUACGAUACGGAGAAACUGCAGGUUCAAGACGAGUCAGAAGAGCUGUGUUACGUAAAGAUCGAGAACUCGGAGCGGCCUUACCUCUGCCUCGUGUGCCACAAAACUUACAAAAGGAAAGACCAUCUCAAAAUUCACAGUACGACGCACAUGAAGAAGGAUAAAGUGUGCCGCGAAUGUGGAAAAGCUUUCCACCGGGAGCAACAGUUGCUGGUCCACAUGAACACGCAUUUAAACCCGUUCCCGAAGGAUCCUGACGAAGUGGAGGGAGAGCCGAUUAUUUACGACGAUCAAGGCGAAAUGAUUGCCGACGAGAUGAGUUACUUAGUGCCAAGGAUGAUAAAAUCCAAUUCAGAGAUCAGGAACCACGAGUGCACCAUCUGUCACAAGCGGUUCAAGAGGAAACAGCAUUUGAAAGUACAUGGCAAUGUACAUAUGAAGGAACAAAUGGCUGAAUUUACUGUCUGGUGCUCGGAUUGCAAUGAAGGGUUCCGCACUAAUCCGGAAUUCGAGAAUCAUCCGUGCAUGUCGGCGCACAGCGAGCCCGUCGUAAAGAUAGAAAACCCGUGCGACAUGGAUUAUGCAGAGGGGGACGAGGAAGAAGUCAACCCACCACAGGAAGCGAAAAAGGAGAAUAAAUUGCCAUUGGAAUUUGUAGAGGUGGACCUAGCGCCCCCCGAAGAGCCUGAAUACGCGAUGUUCCACGACGAGUGCAACCUGCCGGUGCCGCAGCGCGUGUACGUGUGCAAGUACUGCUCCAAGCCGUUCAAACGGAAAGACCACUACAAGAUACAUCUGCACAUACACACUGGGAUCAAGUCGUUCUUUUGCCCAGAGUGUGGGAAAGGUUUUUAUCGUAAAGAUCACAUGCAGAAACACAUACAAGUGCACACCAAAACCAAGCUGAAGCCAAAGAAGACUCUGCCAGACUUGUUGCGGAUCACGAACAUGACGCCAAAGACUGAGAUCAAACCAGAAAUCACAAUCCACGCGCCAUCUAGCGCGAAGCUGCGUGUGCCGCUGCAGAUCAAGGUGCCAUACCAGAUGGUGAUGUCGACGGACAGCGGCGAGCAGUGCGCGGUCACCAUCAACCCGACCGGUUGCUCCUCCGAAAUGAUACACUCUUAGAUUCUUAAAUGAUUUGACCGAGUUCAUGAUGUGAUAGGUAAAGUGGUGGAACUAUAAGUUUGUUGUAUAUUGGUGAAUGCUGCAACAUUUUAAUAGAUAUGCAAUUAUCAUAGGUAUUAGAAGUACGUGAGAUAUCUGAAAAAACUUGGAUCCAAAUAAAUGUUUGUGAAACGCACCAAUAUUUGUCCUGGGCGGCGAUUGAACUCAUGUCUUGAUAAAAUUAUUGUAAAAGACAACAGGUUCAUCACCCAAUGCGUUAAAAUGGCUGUCAAGUUUAUAAUUGAGAAUUUUUAAAUAUUAUGAGUUGUGAUUUUAUAGUCGCACGCAUUCAACUAUAUACACAAACAACGUAUCACUUAUAUUGGCAUAUCCAAAUAUUGUGAGGAAUGAGAUAAAUAGAUAUAUUGGGUCUUAUAUAUUUUGACUUGGAAUGUUUGUUGAAUAAUUUGCUUGGAUGAAGUCAUCACAUGUAAAGUAAAAUGAGAAGUAGUAAAAUUAUUUAUGAAAUUCCGCAUAAAUGCAUAAUUGAAUAAGAUUUAGCCAUUUCUAUUGAAGUUUCUUAGGUCAGAAGAGUGUAUAGUUAUAUGAACUGGGUCCAAACGGUAUGCUGCUAUAAAAAGAUCUCAGUAAAAUCGAUGUAUAUGUGUCAUUUAGGUUUAAAUUGCUCUGAUUUUGUCAUUUUUAAACUGUCUCUUUCAUGUGUAAAAUACUCAGUUAAGGCGAUACGCAAAAUGUAUGAAAAUGGACCUUGAGGUAUCGCCUUAAGUAAAGAUAAUUGUCAUAUGUGUAUAUUGUUAUAAGUUGUAAGAUAUAGUGCCAUUCUCGAAUACUAAAUGAUAUUUUAAUGUUUUCUUAAUAUUUUUGUCUAAGGAGUGAAUGUUUGUUCUCACAUGUUAAUGGAUAUUUAAAUUGUCUGUUCCCGAUCCAAAUAUAUCAAAAUAUAAUAUGUCCAUUACUGGCUCAUACCAUGCUGCAAGCAGGCUAUAUCCAAUAAAUUAGCACAAAAUCCAGUUAAAUACUUACCCUAUUUUAAGGUAUUUUUUUCACUCAUUACAAGUAACAUGUGGGUCGUUGGAUCAAUAAAAAUUAUGAAUGUGGGGUAUUUUAUUUGCAAUAAUAAUUUAACGGCGAGCUACUUGACAUAUAAAUCAUUGUAUAAUAAUGUCUUCUACCGCGCUGAAGUCGUGGGUUCGAAUCCCGGAUCAAGCCAAAAUAAUUGUGACUGACUUGUCUAUUAAAAAUUUACUCAAUCGCAGCUCGAAGUCAGAAAGUUGGCGGUUUAAUACCCCAGUGCCUCGGACAGUGUGCAAAGCCGUUGGUCCUGCGCCUGGUCUCUCUCCGGUCAUGUCGGAUUGCCGUCUCACCGGACUACAAGAUUGAAGGAACAGAGGGGGCGCCUGUGUAUUGCGCAUAUACUUGUGCACUAUAAUAUCUCCUGCGUACUAGGCUUGUCUCUGUUGAGAUUGAUCGCCGACGCCGAAAUUCAGCUAGAAGGGAUUCAAUUG